AUGUGCUUGCUCUGGAUCGGUGAAGGCAUGCAGAUCUUCAUCUUCUUCUACCUCCCGAAGGCUUUGAAUGAUGAUUGGGGAACACCAGCGGAUGACGUCGCAUGGAUUGACGGUGCGAUGUUUCUUGGUGUAGCAAUAGGCGCACUGAUCGGGGGAUACACCGGAGAUGCCUAUGGCAGACGACCGACUUUGCUCUUCUUCGUGGGUCUUUCUGUCAUCUCCGGCUUGUUCUGUUGGUGGUUUGCGCAAAGCUUCAUUCAUCUGCUCCUUGUCAGAUUCGUUGUUGGUGUGGGAGCUGGGGGUUUCGCUCCGGUCUCGCUGUCACUGACCCUUGAAGCCUGUCCUUCACGGUACCGAGGCCGGGUUGCGUUGGCAGUUCCAGGGUUUGCUGGGGCGCUGGGGCGCGUCCUGACAGCUGCAUUGGCAGAGGCCUUAUAUGACACUUCCUACAAUCCACAUUACGCAAGGUUCAAUUGGAGAGGCUGCAUCGUGAUCUGCACGAUCCCUUUCAUCUUGGGAUUCUGCCUUGGCGUUUAUGCCAUAUCGGAAUCAGCAAGGUGGUUGCUUGUCAAGGGACGAGGUGAAGAAGCGAGUGAUGGGCUGCACAACUUAGCCCUGAGGAAUGGAACAGCGGACGAAUUCCCCAAAGGAACUCAACUGAGGAAGGUGGAGUGUGACGAGCUGGAGGCGAUGGAUGACGUUUCGUGGCAUCGACUCUUUAUGGAGCCCUUGCUUACACCUCUCCUCCUCACCUCGAUCUCACAUCUCUGCAUAGCAAUCGCUUACUUCGGAAUGAUCUUCUCUCUUCCGGUGUACCUCGAUGUUUACGGCGCGGCCCACGGAUGGACAGAGGAGCAGAAAGAUCUCAUCCUUGUCAUAGUCGCGGUAUCUGAGGUUCCGGCUCUGAUGAUUGCGAUGUGGACCAUUGAGAUUUAUGGCAUCGGGAGACGGUACACAGUGAUUGCAAGCAUGAUUGGUUGUGGGAUUUCCUGCAUAAUCUUCAACUUUCACGUCGUCGCAACUGCCUUGAACAACACUUAUGCGCUGGUCAUCCCGAACUUCUUGGGGAGAGGGUUUGCUGCCGCGGCCUUGAUCACUGGCAACGUGUACAUGGCGGAGAUGUUCCCCACUGGAACUCGAGCAGCUGCAGCUUCCAUUUCCAGAGCCUCUGGUCAGGUUGGCGCAGCUCUUGCUCCCAUCGCUGCAGGGUUCCUUCUUGUGGACUACAGGCAGGGAGACUAUGGAAUGUGGACAAAGUUGCAGCCUCUAAGAGUUUACGUUCUCUUUUCCAUCUUCUCGUUUCUUGGAGCAUUUCUCUUCUACGAGCUCGGUGCAGAAACAGCCGGAAGGCACCUUGCCAACACCCAGCAAGAGAGCAUGGAGCAGAUCGAAGAGGCUCCAGAUAAAAGUGAACUCCGCCUUUCAUCGACCAUAAAGGAGAUCCUCGGCGACAAGAACCAAGCGACAGAUUCCGAGAAGGAGGGCUUGCUGAAAGACCUGCCAACGAAGGAAGCCGGCGAUGAAGGAUGGCAAGCUAAACCCUACCAGUAUUGA